ACCCAACCGGAAGGGGAGGGGGCGGGGCAGGAGGCGGGGCUCACACUGGAGGCUCUGAAGAGAGGCUCCAGAGGAGGGCGGAGGGGGAGGGCCAGCCCCAAGGGGCAGGGCGCGGUAACCUAAGCGGCCGCAGAGGCCUCCGGGAACCCGAAAGUGAAGAUCGCGGCCAGCCUCCUCCUCCACUUCCAAAGCUUUUCCCACCUCGGCUCCGUAGCCGGCGGUGGAUCUUCCUCCGCCCCGCGCCUCCAGCCUCGGUUACGAGACAAGACCAGGAAAAGAUGGAGGAGUUUCACCAGAUGGACUCACUGGGGCUGCUUUGCUGCCUCUACAGGGAGCCUGGAGUCUCAGGGAUGGCCUUGGAGAGGGACAGACUCCCAGCCCAGGAGGCUGUGACAUUCAAGGAAGUGGCUGUGGACUUCACUCAGGAGGAGUGGCGCCUCUUGUCCCCUCCCCAGAAGGAGCUGUACAAGGAGGUGAUGCUGGAGAAUGCCCGGAACCUGCUCUCUGUGGGGCUUCCAGGUACCCCAGAAGACAUGAUCUCUUCUUUAGAGCAGAGGGAAGCCCCGUGGAUACUGGAGCAGGAAGGCCUGAGGAACUGCUGCCCAGAGAAUUCACACUGGGGAGAAACCUUAUGAAUGCAAGCGGUGUGAAAAGACAUUCAAUAGGAUAUCCAGUCUUGUUCAACAUCAGAGAACCCACACUGGGGAGAAACCUUAUGAAUGCAAGCAGUGUGAAAAGACAUUCAAUAGCAACUCCAGUCUUGCUGCACAUCAGAGGAUCCACACUGGGGAGAAACCUUAUGAUUGCAAACAAUGUGGAAAGACGUUCAGUCGUAGAGACCAGCUUGCUGUACAUCAGAGAACUCACACUGGUGAGAAACCUUGUGAAUGCAAGCAGUGUGGAAAGACAUUCAAUAGCAACUCCAGUCUUGCUCACCAUGAGAGAAUCCACACAGGGGAGAAACCUUUUGAAUGCAAGCAGUGUGAAAAGACAUUCAGCCAUAAAGGCCAGCUUGCUGUACAUCAGAGAACUCACACUGGUGAGAAACCUUAUGAAUGCAAGCAGUGUGGAAAGACAUUCAGUCAGAGCUCCUCUCUUACAGCACAUCAGAAAAUCCACACUGGUGAGAAACCUUAUGAUUGCAAGCAGUGCGGAAAGACAUUCAGUCAGAGCUCCCAUGUUGCUCAACAUCAGAGAAUCCACACUGGUGAGAAACCUUAUGAAUGUAAGCACUGUGGAAAGACAUUCAGUCAGAGCUCCCAUCUUGCUCAACAUCAGAGAAUCCACACUGGUGAGAAACCUUAUGAAUGCAAGCACUGUGGAAAGACAUUUGUUCGUAGCUCCAGUCUUUCUGUACAUCAGAGAAGACAUACUGCAGAGAAGCCUUAUGAAUUCAAGUAGUUCAGAAAGACAUUCAGUCAGAGCUCCCAUUAUGCUGCUAUACAUCAGAUAAUCCACACUGGGGAAAUGUUUACAUGUGAAUCCAGUCUUGUUAUUAAACUCAAUUGUUUCUUGUAAUUUGGCACAUAUCACCAAUUAAAUAUUAAGUCCUACCAUAAUAAAAAUUUAACAGCA